AGCGUGUUUGCCCGCUUGGAGUUACAAGGAGGUGCAAACGGACCGGGGCAGGAAGAAGGUCAAGGAGGUGCAAACGGACCGGGGCAGGAAGUUCGUCAACAAAGGAAUGACGGCCCUCCUCGGGAAGAGAGGGAUGGUACACUGCACCACGGCGAGGCACUCUUCCGGACAAAACGGUUUCACAUACCGGUUGCAUGGACGCUCGAGGGAAGAGCGCGGGCUUUGCUAGAAGACACGAGGUUGGAGCCGGAAUUGUGGGCGGAAACGAUGGUACUGACCAACUACAACCGGGGUUCCUCGAGCGGGCACGGCAAGACGCCGUGGGAGAUGUUCUACGCUCCAACGUGGAGAAAGCCAAACCUUAGCCACUUGUGGAGGGUGUUUGGAGCGCAGGCCAACAUCCACGUGCCCAAGGGAAAUCGGAAGAAGAUGGAGCCGGUGAGCGAGCGAGGGGUGUUCUUGGGGUUUGAUCUCAACUUCAAAUCGUACCGAGUUCUCCGCGAGCGGGAUGGAAGGUUGUUGACUUUCCGUGACAUCAUCGGGAUGAGCGCGGGCCUUCUAUGA